UUAUCGAACUUUACGCUCUCAAAGAAGAAGUGGUCAAAGAAGCUUUGUUCGAUUGCAAGGCGAGAAUAGAAGCAAGAGUAAGUGAGCUAGAAGGUGAAGAAAAUCAAGUAGAAGAUAGAGAGUUUGAUAUUGAAGAUUAUACGAAUUUAGUUGUUGAGAGGGAUCACUUAAAAGCGAGG